UCUCUGCAUGUUCUCAAGCUCAUAGUGCUUUCUGGAAAACUGGGAACUCGGAAACAUACGACGUGCAUUCGUGACGUCAGUGAGUUCCCGAUUUAGAAUUGGACGACGGUUUGAAAAGAUUUUCCCUUGUCUGGAGAUUUUUUUCUUCUUUUCUCCCGGAGUUCCCAUUUUGUCGUGAACGUCGGAAUUCGGAGAUUUUCGAGUUCCCAGUUGAUGUGAACGCGGCAUCAAAGUACAAACCCUCCGAUGUGACGUCACCAAUACGAGGCGUCCAACUUUUUUUCAUGGCCAUGCAAACUAACACGAGUUGGCAACACUCAAAUGUGUCACUUUUGUGAAGCCACAUGUUUUAUGUCCUGUUGAAGUGUGUUUCCCCUCCCAGUUUCCGAAGAAUUGGCUCUUUUGACGAAGACGUGUCGCGUUCAAGCCACAGUGACGUUUCGUAAGUUUUCAGAAUUUCAACUGGUGAGUCUGGAUUUUAGUUUUCUCCGACCGAGCUAACAUUAGCACGCUCUUUUCAUUUGAACAUUUGUCAACAAGCUAUUUUAUUUGUCAACAAUCAAAACACAGUCCCAGAGAAGACCCAUCUCUCCUGCAGUCCCAGAGAAGACCCAUCUCCCCUGAAGACCCAUCUCCCCUGCAGUCCCAGAGAGAAUACCCAUCUCCCCUGCAGUCCCAGAGAGAAGACCCCAUCUCCCCUGCAGUCCCAGAGAGAAGACCCAUCUCCCCUGCAGUCCCAGAGAGAAGACCCAUCUCCCCUGCAGUCCCAGAGAGAAGACCCAUCUCCCCUGCAGUCCUGACGGUAUCCCAGAGUUCCACCAGAUCCUCUCCUGUUGUCACUGCUGCCUGUAGCUGACACUCUGCAAACAUAGGACCUGUUGGAUUAUGGACUGUUAACAGACCUACGUUACUACACACCAGGUGAGCUGUUACUAUAGUAACCACCAGUCAUGGGGAAGCAGAACAGCAAACUCCGCCCUGAGGUGAUGCAGGAUCUGCUGGAGAGCACGGACUUCACAGAGCAUGAGAUUCAGGAGUGGUAUAAGGGCUUCCUGAGGGACUGCCCCAGCGGGAACCUCUCCAUGGAGGAGUUUAAGAAGAUCUACGGUAACUUCUUCCCUUACGGAGACGCCUCCAAGUUCGCAGAGCACGUCUUCCGCACCUUCGACGCCAACGGGGACGGGACGAUAGACUUCCGGGAGUUCAUCAUCGCUCUGAGCGUCACGUCGCGGGGCAAGCUGGAGCAGAAAUUGAAGUGGGCCUUCAGCAUGUACGACCUGGACGGGAACGGAUACAUCAGCAAGUCUGAGAUGCUGGAGAUCGUACAGGCGAUCUAUAAGAUGGUGUCGUCUGUGAUGAAGAUGCCAGAGGAUGAGUCUACUCCAGAGAAGAGAACAGAGAAGAUCUUCAGACAGAUGGACACCAACAGAGACGGUAAACUGUCUCUGGAAGAGUUCAUUAAAGGGGCUAAAAGUGACCCCUCCAUCGUGCGUCUGUUACAGUGUGACCCCAGCAGCGCUGGGCAGUUCUAAACCGCCCUACCUUGGGGGUCAAGACAAUUGUUUAUUUGGGUGAAUCCAAAUAGCCCCUCCCCCCCUCCACCUUUGGAGCAAACUGAUGAAGAAGACAAGCCUUCAAAUGAUGACACUGAAGACAACGGGCCAAUGAGAGCCAGCCAUGUUCUCCAGACUCCUCCUCCUCUAACCACUCCCAGCAGCAACCUGACAACAUCUCCAGGCUCUCAUGAUCCCAGUCAUGAUGUGAUCCAGUCCACUCGCCGUGUAUUCGAUAAGUCCUAGGGUUUACAUCCCAAAUCACACCCUAUUCCCUGUAUAGCAGUACCUUAAGCCCGGUAGGCCCUGGUCUGCAGUAGUGCACUACGUAGGGAAUAGGAUGCAGUUUGAGAUGUAUACCAUCCUGUUUUAAGGCUGUAAACUGGACUCUCUGUUUGGUUCUCAACGCUCCGUACUGGACACACCCACUGCCCUCAACUAGGUCCUCCUAGCUCUUGUGUGUAUCGUAAACAGUUAGAGAGAGGGAAUGAGAGAGAGAGAAAGAGAGGGAAUGAGAGAGAGAGAGGGAAUGAGAGAGAGAGAGGGAAUGAGAGAGAGAGAGGGAAUGAGAGAGAGAGAGAGAGAGGGAAUGAGAG